GUGGGCUGCUGCAAAACCGUACUUGUGCGAAUUUCGAUCCGAGGAAGCAAGCAGCGCUUCCAAACCAGCAGUAAACAAUAAUAGAAGCAAUCGCCAAUGUGCCAGCGUGAAAGUUUUCGUUGAUUUCGCUCCGGUUUCGCGUGUUUUCAGUGGCAUUUUCACUCGAAUCUUCUGGCGUUUGUCGGUCGGCGUGCAGAAAGUGGUUGCGGUCGACCUCGAAGACGCAGGAAAGAAAAUGGCGUCGCUAGUUGAAUGUUGAGGGAAAAAUUUUCACGAGUGAAAAAAUCGUUUUCCCGGUCGGAGUGAACGUUUUUCGGCCCGAUUUCAGCUGCAUUCGAUUAGAAACGGUGUAACGCAUUUUUCCAGCAACAUUUCCAUAUGGUAGAAAUAUUUUUUUCCUACACCGCUGAAGAAAAACCAGUUAAAAAACGUAAUGAGCCAGACAAAAGAGGAUAAAAGCGAUUCAGAGAAUGAAUCGAGCAGCGACAGCAAAAGUGGUUCGUCUUCCGAAUCUGAAAGCGAAUCCGGAUCUGGAUCGUCUAGUGCCAGUUCGAGUGACAACGAACAGAAUUCUUCGAAUCGAAACACAAGCGGGACGGCCAGCAACAACACGUCCAGUAACAGCGAGGCUCGCAACACAUCGUUGGCCGAAAAUGGGCUCUCGGACAGCAAAGCUAGCGGUGGCAAGAACGCUAACGAGGACGACAAUGACGAGGAGGACGAUGAGGACGAAGAUUCCGAUGCGAACGGAGCAUCGAAUCAUGUACAGCAGCAGCCUCCGGUGCGACAGAAUGAGCAUAAUUCCCGGGGAACCGCACACUCUGGGUCGGAGUCGGAAGCCAGUGGAGAUGAGAAGCCGGCAGGUGCUGGUGGGCCGGUUAGUGCGGCCAACAAUCAUCACCAAAGUGAGUCGGGAAACAGCGCGGAAGACGACGACGAAGAUGAGGAUGAUGAGGAGGACGAGGACGACGAAGAAGUCAACGUCGCACAACAGAGGCCAGGCAUCCCGUCCGCUGGACCGACGUCAGUAGAAGAAGAGGACGAUGACGACGACGCCGAAGAAGAGGAGGAGGAGGAGGAACAUCCCUCUUCUAAAAGCAGCUACGAUGAUGAAGACUACGCGGCAAAUCAACUGCGGAGGAAAAGUGCACGCAAAAAGGCCGUAGUUGCUGCACGAAAGCGACCCACAGCACAAUCGUCCUCGAAGUCGAAGAAAAAGAAAAGUUCCAACAACCGCUGGCGCGAUGAAACAACUGAAAGUGAAGCGAGCGACGGCGACUCGGAUGAUUCCGACCAGCAACGAUACCGGCGAAAGUCGACCGCUGCGGCGACGGCCGCCGCCGGUAAGAAGCGAGCCGCAGCAGCCGCCUCCAAAUCGAAGGCUAAGAAGAAGAAACGAAAUGCGUACAGCUCGGAGGAGGGAAGCAAUAGCGAGGACGAUCGGAAGCGAUCGGCGGCCACGAGGCGAAAGAACAACACGGUCAGCUACAAGGAGGAGAGCGGGGACGAACCAACGGACAGCGACGACCUGAUGGAGGUGGACCAGGAGGCGGAAGAGGCGGCUGCGGCAGCCGCCGCCGAAGAGGAGAAGGCAGAAACGGUCGAGCGGAUCAUUGGCAAGCGGCAGGGGCGAAAGGGUGCCACCGGUGCGGUAACGACCGUGUACGCGAUCGAGGAGAAUGGCGAUCCGAACGUGAUCGGAGGCGAUGGCGUGAGCAAGGACGAGCUGGAGGAACAGUUCCUUAUCAAGUGGACCGGCUGGUCGUACCUGCACUGCACCUGGGAAUCGGAAGAGACGCUAAAGGAGCAGAAGGUAAAGGGCAUGAAGAAGCUAGAGAACUACAUUAAGCGGGAACAGUCGUUGGAUUACUGGCGUAAGUAUCAGGCCGGCCCGGAAGACAUCGACUACUACGAGUGCCAACAGGAGCUACAGCAGGAUCUGCUGAAGAGCUACUACCACGUGGAGCGGAUCAUCGCGCAGGCGGACAAGACGGAGGGUGGCUCGGGACUGGACUAUCUGUGCAAGUGGGAAUCGCUUCCGUACUCCGACUCGACGUGGGAGGAUGCGGCACUGAUCCGGAAGAAGUGGCAGAAGAAGAUCGUCGAGUUUCACGAGCGGGAAGAGUCCCGCCGGACGCCCUCGAAACACUGCAAGGCAAUACGGUAUCGGCCGAAUUUCAAGCACCUGAAGACGCAACCGGAGUACUUGGGGGAGGACCGAGGGUUGAAACUGCGCGACUACCAGAUGGAUGGGUUGAACUGGCUCAUUCUGACGUGGUGCAAGGAGAACUCGGUCAUCUUGGCCGAUGAAAUGGGCCUUGGUAAGACGAUCCAGACGAUCUGCUUCCUGUACUAUCUGUUCAAGUCGCAGCAGCUGUACGGGCCGUUCCUGUGCGUCGUACCGCUAAGUACGAUGCCGGCGUGGCAGCGUGAGUUCGCGAUCUGGGCGCCGGAGAUGAAUAUGGUCACGUACCUGGGGGACGUGCAGUCGCGCAACAUCAUCCGCCAGUACGAGUGGUGCUACGAUAGCACGAAGAAGCUCAAGUUCAACGCGAUCCUCACGACGUACGAAAUUCUGCUCAAGGACAAAACGUUCCUCGGCUCGAUCAGUUGGGCCUCGCUGCUGGUGGACGAGGCGCAUCGGCUUAAGAACGAUGACUCGCUGCUGUACAAAGCUCUCAAAGAGUUCAACACCAACCACCGCUUGCUGAUCACCGGUACACCGUUGCAGAACUCGCUCAAAGAACUGUGGGCUCUGCUGCAUUUCAUUAUGCCCGAAAAGUUCGCCUCGUGGGAAGACUUCGAGCGGAAUUACGGCAACACGACGAACGACGAUAAGUGCUACACGAAGCUGCACAAGGAGCUCGAGCCGUACAUUCUGCGGCGGGUGAAGAAGGACGUCGAGAAGAGCCUACCGGCCAAGGUGGAGCAGAUACUGCGCGUCGAGAUGACCUCGAUCCAGCGGCAGUACUACAAGUGGAUACUAUCGAAGAAUUUUGACGCGCUCCGGAAGGGCAUGAAGGGAUCGGUCGGCACGUUCCUGAACAUUGUGAUCGAGCUGAAGAAGUGCUGCAACCAUGCGGCCCUGACGCGCCCAAUCGAGUUCGAUACGCAGCGAAACAACCAGGACGACAUGGUACAGCAGUUGCUGAAGGGUUCGGGCAAGCUGGUGCUGCUGGACAAGCUGCUCUGCCGGUUGAAGGAAACCGGCCACCGGGUGCUGAUCUUCUCGCAGAUGGUACGGAUGCUGGACAUCCUGGCGGAGUAUCUGCAGAAGCGACACUUUUCCUUCCAGCGGUUGGACGGCAGUAUUAAGGGUGAACUGCGCAAGCAGGCCCUCGACCACUUCAAUGCGGAGGGUUCGACAGACUUUUGCUUCCUACUGUCGACGCGAGCCGGCGGGUUGGGAAUUAAUCUCGCAACGGCGGACACGGUCAUCAUCUUCGACUCCGACUGGAACCCGCAGAACGAUCUGCAGGCACAAGCGCGGGCACAUCGAAUCGGGCAGAAGAACCAGGUGAACAUCUAUCGCCUGGUGACGGCACACUCGGUGGAGGAGAACAUUGUGGAGCGGGCGAAGCAGAAGAUGGUGCUGGACCAUCUCGUCAUCCAGCGGAUGGACACGACGGGGCGGACGGUGCUGGACAAGAACGGUGGCAGCAACACGGGUAGCAAUCCGUUCAAUAAGGACGAACUGUCGGCGAUUUUGAAGUUUGGCGCCGAGGAGCUGUUCAAGGAGGAGGAGGACGGGGACGAGGAGUUGGUGUGCGACAUCGAUGAAAUCCUGCGGCGAGCGGAAACGCGUGACGAAGCGCCGAGCAUGCCGGGGGAUGAGCUGCUGUCCGCGUUCAACGUCACCACGUUCGACUUUGACGAGGACAAGGUGGUGGCGGGUACGCACGCGGCGAUGGUGGCCAAAGCGAAGGCGAUCGAGGCCGAGAGUGGCGCCGGCGAGGACACGAAGGAUUGGGACGAGAUCAUCCCGAAAUCGUACCGCGAGUUGGUGGAGGCGGAAGAGCGCGAUCGAGAAAUCAAGGAUCUUUAUCUUCCGCCGCGACGGCCGGCGGCAAAGCAGAACAACCAAAACGAUGGUGGUGAUGGUAAGGGUGGUAAGAAGAAGAAGAAGGGUGCCGCUGCUGCCGAGGAGGACAGUGACGAGGUGGAUUCGGAUGGCAGUGCGAGCGAAAUGAAGCGUGGCCGGGGUCGAACGUCGACCAAGGAGAAAAUAAAAGGCUUCAACGAUGCGGAGCUGCGGCGGUUGAUAAAGAGCUACAAGAAGUUCCCGGCACCGCUGAAGCGGCUCGAAGCGAUCGCCUGUGACGCGGAGCUGCAGGAGAAACCGCUGUCGGAUCUGAAGCGUGUGGCACAACUGCUGCACGAGCGAUGUCUCCAGACGAUGAAGGAAAUUGCGAAGGAAAUGGAACACGACUUGAAGCAAUCGGCUGGAGCGGGGGCGGGACCGGACGGGAAGAAGAAGUGUGCCCGUGCGGCGUACUCGGUCAAGCUGGGUGGGGCGUCUUUUAACGUGAAAACGAUGAUGCAGUGUGUGGACGAGUUGCAACCGUUGGACGAGGUGAUACCGGCCGAUUCGGCCGAACGGGCCCGUUGGACUCUGAACAUCAAAACCCGUCCGGCGAACUACGACGUCGACUGGACGGAUGUGGACGACUCGAGGCUACUGCGCGGGAUCUACCAGUUCGGCAUUGGGUCAUGGGAAGCGAUGAAAAUGGACCCAUCGCUUGGGCUGGCGGACAAAAUCCUGUCGAACGAGGCGAACAAAAAACCGCAAGGCAAACAUUUGCAAUCGCGUGCCGAGUAUCUGCUGAAGGUGCUUCGGAAAACGCUCGAACUGAAGCGCGGCACCUCGAAACCGAGGAAGCAACGGAAACCAAAGGAACCGAAACAUUCAGCAGCGGCGGCGUCGGUCGCGAACCAUCAUCAUCAUCAUGCGCCGAUGACCGGUGGAAGUCCGUCGGUGGCGCACGUGAACGAAGGAGAUUCGUUUGCGUGCAGCAUAUCGGCCACGAUCGCGGCGGUCGCUGCCGGUGAAGAUGUGUCCCAAUCGAUCACGAACGUUCCAGCCGCACCGAACACUUCGGUGUCGUCGACCGGUGCGACAAUGGGCACCGAUACGGUGCUGGGGACGUCCGUUGCGACGACGGGGGCGGCGGCGGGUUCGACUGAUGAGAAAAAGACUGGUAGCAAAAUUAAAAAACUCUCCGAAUCGGACAACCACCAUCAUCAUAAUCAUCAUCACCAUCAUCACGAUGAGCAUUCGAAUGGUUCGCGGGGAACGGCGGAUGAGUCGAACCAUCACCAUCAUCACCACCACGGGAAGGAUCCGGCUGUAGUACCGACGGCCGAAAAGAAGGAUAAGAAAAAGACCAAGAAAGACAAGCAGAAGGACGCGAAGAAGGAUCGGAAGAAGAACAACACGGGGCCGAUGCACUUCACGGCGAACAACGAACCGUGCGCGUUGAACAUCCUGGGCGACCUUGACCCGACCGUGUUCAAUGAGUGCAAGGAAAAGAUGCGCCCCGUUAAGAAGGCACUCAAAACGCUGGACAACCCGGACGAAACGUUGUCCCAGGAGGAGCAGCUGAAGCAGACGCGUGCCUGCCUGCUGAGUAUCGGCGAUCAGAUUAACCAGUGUCUGGGCGAGUACCGCGAUCCGGAGAAGGUGAAGGAGUGGCGCAGCAAUCUGUGGUACUUUGUGUCGAAGUUUACCGAGUUCGAUGCAAAGAAGCUGUUCAAGUUGUACAAGCACGCACUGAAACGGAGUGGCGAUGCUGGGACGGACUCCCAAAGCCAUCACAGUGCGUCGGAUGGUGGCGGUGGGGGUGGUGGUAAAAAUCGAUCCGCCAUCGAUAGUGUUCCUUCGGGGGGAGGAAACAUUAGCAGCACCUCGUCGCCGAUGAAGGACACCAAAGAUGGAAAGAUGCAUCAUCACCACCACCAACACCACCACCUGCACACUACUCCACCCGGUUCGACACCGUCGAGCGCGUUGACAACGCUGGGAAAGAUUAAGAAACUCAAAGACAACGGGCACACCGAUGGACGACCAUCGCCCGGCUCGCAAGUGUCGAGCGUGCUCGACAGUGCGGACGAUAAGGACGAGGGAGGAUCAGAAAAGACCUCUUCCGGUGGUGGUCGACGAGAGCGCAAGGAGAAGAAACGGCACCAUCAUCAUAGCGAUUCCGCCGUGCAGCAACGCGAACGGUACCAGCAGGCCAAUGCGGCCGCACAAGCGCAAGCCGGGGACAACAGCUACCACGGUUCGGACUCGGGUGCGGGUGGAAAGGAGGAAGGCUCGUCGAUGAUGCAUUCCAAGCGGCGGCUCGAGGAAGGCGAGUACGAUGAGAACAGUAAAGAGUACAAAAGACUGCACGGCGGUGAUAGGAGUAAUCAUCGGGAUCGAGACAAGAAAUGGGAUGAGUAUGGUGCUGAUCGGGAUCGUAUGCGAAACGCAUCUUCCAGGAGUGCCGGAAGUGGUGGUGGUGGUGUUGCUGGUAAUACUCCUUCGACACCGCAAAGUAUGCGCAUGUUUCCGGACGCUCGAGAUGAUCGUGCGCCUGGAGGAUAUCCUGCAGACGGAUGGAGGGAUAGGUUUGCGGGAGAUCAUAAGCGAGAUCGGUACGAUGGCUACGGAAACCGACAUACGCCCUCGAGCGGUGGUGGUGGAAGUGGUGGUUACCAUCGGGACCGAGACCGCGAACGAGACCGCGAUCGGGAACGUGACCGGGAUCGUGACCGUGACAGAGAUCGGGACCGAGAUCGCGACCGUGAAAGGGAUCGCGAUCGAGGGGAUCGUGCUUACAAAGAUAAGCGAAGAUAUCCUUCGGGGCCGGGUUCCGGCUAUGGUUACGGGUUGCCACCGGCUGGAUAUUAUCCCCCGGGCGACAGUCCGUAUCGAUAUGGGCCCGGUGUAGGAGGAGGGUACCCACCUGCACCUCCACCACGCGCCUCCGGCGUACCGCCCGUCGUCGUACCACCUGGCGGUGUUGGUGGUAGUGGUGGAGCCGUCAGUGCAGUCGGUUGUGGUCCUCCACCUCCGGCCGAUUACUUAGACUACCGGAGACCGGAUUUCGACCGGAGGCCACCACCGGCGGCCAACAAUUAACUUGAUGGUUAAAUGCGUUCUGUGACAACAACAUAUACGCUCGUCAGUCGUUCGUUCCGCAACGGAAAAGCAACUGGUGUUCAUGGUUCUAACUGCUGAAAGUUAUUCUUCUUCUUUCCCCGUACAUACAUUGACUGUUAGAGAUGUAUAAAAAGUUCGAGAACUGCCCCCCCCAGCGUUCGUGGGAAUGUGGAUAAUUGUAAACAUACACCUUAAUGCACAUAUUGCUGUGUAUAUUGUCACAAAUUGUCGAUCACUAGGAGAGAUCUAAAUGGCGCAAGGAUUUAGAUACAGAGUAGAAAGAUACAUAUAAUGAUUAGAUACAGAAAAAAAAAAUCAAUCAAUAUCUAUUAAUGGAGUUUAUUAUUUUUAAUGUAGUUAAUGGGAUAUGUAUAUGCUUAUAGAUGUAUCUGCCUCGAGCUAGGAAUAAGGUAGAUUUUGGCAGGGUAUAGCGAAAAACAAACCACUAACGAGUAGGCGAAAGAUAAGAAGUACCCGUUCAAUAGAAACAGUUAUGGCUCACAAUUUUACCCUAAGGUUAAUUUAUUCCAAUGAAAACUCUUAAAAGCAAUAGAAAAAUUGUAUAUACCUAAGGUAUGCUUACAGAGAGGCCGGCGCAGGAAGGCUAGGGAAUGUGUCAACUCUCAGAUACCCAUGUCGAAGGUCAGUGAUUUGCCUGAUUUUAAUUUCGGUUUCCAGGACAUAAAACAACAUAUCGUUUUCAUUUAUUGAGCCCCCCGGAAUGAUACUCGGAUGAGAAAACACCUCAAAACGUACUCAUCAAAAACAGCGCAUUGUCAUAGCAGAAGAAAUUGUAUAUACCACAAAUCCACACACAGUUGCUUAAGCGAUUGCCUCCAAAGGGAAACGAAUCAAGAGCAAUGAUCCUUCAGAAUCCUCGUGCGGCUACAAGCAAUGUACAAGAAUAGAUUUAGAACCGAUCCGGGUAGCAUCAGAAGAAUGAUAUUGGAAUAGGUACUUGCAUGGAAUAUGUGGCAAGUAGGGUCCAGCCGAACUAUUUUUGUUAACCCUUUUUUCGUCCUGUUAGUGUAUGUACUUUAUACCCACCAUCUUAUCUAUUAGUUGUGCAUUGGUCGGCAGCAAACCGUGUGGGGGAAGGUGUUUUUAUUAACACAUGGCGCAAAGGCUCGCAUGCUUUGCACUGGCAUUGUGAUUUUAACCGAUAAGUUUUAUAGAAUCAUUGUGUAAGCUGGCAAGUUCGAAAACGGUUCACUACCAGGACGAUGAAGGAUCUACACCUACUAUGAUUUACUGCUUUUUGGCUAAUCAGGUUGGAAUUUGUGUUGGAGUAAAAUGUUACUAAAAUUUUAAUUCUUCGAUCAGUUCAUCGCUUUCAGGUGCAAAUGUAAGAAAGAGAGAGAGAAAAAGAUCUAUUUAUUAUUUACCGAUCUAUUCCACGCGACACCAUCCAUCAGCAAGACUAGCAAGUACGUAAUUAAAUAAAAAAAAGACACGCCACUGCAGGGCAUUCAGGAAAGCAACUGGAUAGCAAUAGAAAACUAGCAUGUGUACAGUUAACAAAAUUAUUAUAGGACUAAACUGGACAAUUCUACAAAACGAAAUUGAACAAAAGUAUAAAUGAUGAUAUAAAUAAACCGAGAAAAUCUAUUCUCUUCAGCCACUUGUGCAAACAUCG